AUGGUGGAGCUGCUCCCUGUUGGUUUCAUGGACUGGCUGGCGCUGGCUGUGGCUGUGGCGUUAUACUACUUUCUUGUCGAGCAGCUGUCAUACCGCCGCAAGAAGGGGGCCCUGCCAGGCCCGUCGUUGGUCGUGCCGUUCCUCGGCAGCAUCGUGCCCAUGAUACGAGACCCGGCCGGGUUCUGGGACACGCAGGCGGCCCGGGCAAAGAAGUCCGGUGCCGGGCUGGCGGCUGAAUUCGUGGUCGGCCGGUUCAUCGUCUUCAUCCGCGACUCGGAGCUAUCCCACCGCGUGUUCGCCAACGUCCGCCCCGACGCCUUCCAGUUCGUUGGCCACCCUUUCGGCAAGGACCUCUUCGGCAUCUUCUACCUGUUCGGCGACGAGCACAAGGACCUGCGCCGCAGGAUGGCGCCCAACUUCACGCCGCGCACUCUCUCCACCUACGCCGCCGUCCAGCAGCGCAUCAUCCUCGCCCACAUCCGGAGGUUGCUAGACCGGAACCGGAGAUCAGUCGCGGCGCCGAUACAGGUGACCUGCCGCAACAUAAACCUCGAGACCUCGCAGACGGUCUUCGUAGGGCCGUACCUCACCGAGGAGGCGAGGGAGAGAUUCGACAAGGACUACGCCCUCUUCAACGCGGGUCUCCUGGCAAUGCCCGUGGACCUGCCCGGGUUCGCCUUCAGACGCGCGAAGCUGGCCGUGGCGCCGCUGGUGCGCACGCUCGGGGAGUGCGUGCGCCAGAGCAAGGCACGGAUGCGCGCCGGCGGCGAGCCGGAGUGCCUCGCUGACUACUGGAUGCAGGCCCUGGUGAAAGAGAUCGACGCGGCCGCGACGCCUCCCGUGCACACCGAUGACGUGGAGCUUGGGGGGUUUCUGUUCGACUUCCUCUUCGCCGCCCAGGACGCGUCCACCUCUUCGCUCUGCUGGGCUGUCGCCGCCCUGGCGUCCCACCCAGACGUCCUCGCCCGCGUGCGCGCCGAGGUGUCCGCCGUCUGGUCGCCCGAGUCCGGGGAGCCCAUCACCGGCGAGAAGAUCCAGCAAAUGAAGUACACCCAUGCGGUCGCGCGCGAGGUGGUCCGCUGCCGUCCUCCGGCGGCGCUGGUGCCGCACAUUGCCGCGGAGCCGUUCCAGCUGACGGAGUGGUACACGGUGCCGAAGGGCGCCAUCGUGUUCCCGUCGGUGUACGAGUCGUCGUUCCAGGGGUUCGCCGCGGCGGACGAGUUCGACCCGGAUCGCUUCUUCUCGGAGGAGCGCAGGGAGGACGUGGUGUGCAAGCGCAACUUCCUGGCCUUCGGCGCUGGCGCGCACCAGUGCAUGGGGCAGCGGUACGCCCUCAACCACCUCGCGCUUUUCAUGGCGCUCUUCGUGUCCGUCGUCGACUUCAAGCGGGACUGGACGGAGGGAUGCGACGAGCUGGUGUACGCGCCGGCCAUCAUGCCUAGGGAUGGCUGCGCCGUCUACCUCCAGCAGUGUUGCUCUUCGUUCUGA